CAGUCGCCAUGAGCUGGGGAGGCGGGGUGCUUUGGGUGCAAGGGAGUUGGUUGGGGAGAACCGGUAGUGUAGCGGCAAAUUCAGAAGUGCAGGGUCCCUUCAUAAUAGUCACAGCCACGCCCCCUUCUCAAUUUAUAAAACCCUCUUAUAGAAUCACCUGGCCAGGUUUGAAUACUGCUUUAGAAGACUCUUCUCAGGGGCGAACACGCUCCCCUGUCAUGCCGAUUGGCUCAUAGGAUGCUGGAGACAUAGGGACCCUGCUGGGACCUGGCUCCCAAAAGAAGUGUUUAAGACACACAAACACACACCCCAAAGCCUGGAUGGCUACACUUAUGGGGAGCUUCUGUGUUAUGCGUAGGGGUGCGAGGGAGGAGGAGGGGGCUCUUUCUCUUCUCCUUCCUCCUCCAAUGAAAGAAGGCUGUCCUCGCUGCACCCAUGCACUCUCCCCGCUGUAAUGCCCAAGGGGACUAGGGUGAUCUCCAAGGAGGGCUUGUAACGAAACAGACCACAAACUUGCAUUGUCUCUACAGGCCAUGAGAGGAAGGAAACAGCUGGAGGAGGGAUAGCCCUGUUGUUUUUAUGGGUCAGAGGCUGGAAGGGAGCCAUCCUUGAGCUUCUUUUGCUAGGGUUUUGUUUACCUUCUAAAGACUCAAGGCAGGGAUUGUGGGAAAUAAAUGCCUCUCCUCACUGGACUGGGUGUUGGGAGGGGCUUCUGCAGACAUCCUCUUGAGAGUGUGGUGGGACUCUGUGCUGUGGAGGGCAGUGAUAACAAUUUAUUUAAAAAUAUAGUUUAUUUAAAAGUUGCCAAAUGCAUCUCGCACCCAUUUGAGGACUGGGAGCUGAGUGUGGCUGAGGCUGUGGGUUCUUCUCUGCUGGUGCCAGCUUUGCUUAUGCCCAGUGUCGCCACUUGCCUGAGAACAUUCACGGCUGGAGGUCUUUGUGGGGCUAUAGAGGGUACAUUGCAGAAUACCUGAGUGGUCCUCACAACAACCCUGCAAGGUGGGCCAGGGUGAGACUCUGUGUGGUGUAGUGAUUAAAGAGGGACCCAGGCUCAAAGCCCCACUGGGCUGUGGACCUCAGUUGGUUACCGUGAACCAAUCCCCUUCUCAAUGCAUCCUCCUUCACAGGGUGGAGGGGACACCAAGAUCACUACACUGUAUUGUGGGAGAGGCACGACAUUCCCAGGCAUAGACUGGAAGAAACUGCAGGAGGAGGUUGGAAAGCUAUUGAGGGCCUAAAUGUGAGGCCGUUUCUAGGUUAGGCUCCUUGAAGCAAAUGGAACAUGAAGGAAAAUAACACAGGGAAGUGGAAAAUUAUGUAUUUAUGUGGUCCAUUUAUCAUGCCUGAAAAGCUUGAGGAAGCAUAUAGUAGUCAGAGCCAUGAAACCCAAAUAUGGAAAAAGAAUGAAGGUCUUCCCAUCAUGGCUUCUGUCCCAUACCUCAAGCCUGAACAUGACCCCUCAGCUGCCCCAGACCUAGAUUCUCCCAUUAUAGAUGGGGUGGGGAAUUUGUGGCUCUCCAAACGUUGUUGGACUCCAGUAUCUGCUCUCCCCCCCCCGCCAGCAUGGCCAGUGGUCAGGAAUGAUGGGAGUAGGAGUCCAGCAAAGUUGGGAGGGCCAGAGGUUCCUCACUUUCGUUUUACACCACUCAGUGACAACAGCAUUAGGAGACCCAGAGGUGCCUAGUUUCCCCCUCAUGCCUCUCCCCCUCGGGAUCAGCAGCACAACAGGGAUGUGGUGGAGUGGAAAGAGGAGGAUGGCAUCUAACAAAAGAUGAUACAACAACCCUGCUGUGUAGUUCACUGUUACACCCGUACCACAGCUACGGGGUGUGCAGAGAGAGAAACAGGUCCCUCUGCGUUUAAGGCUGCAGCCUCAGGUCAUUUUAUCUUUCAAGCUGUGCCAGAUGCAACAACAGAAGGGCUGGGUCACCAGUGGAGUCCUACACGAGUGCACUUUGGUAGGAAGCUUCCAGUCAUGAGGAGGAUUGUACAUACGUUCAGCUGAAGGUGAUGACAAGGCCUCCUUCAGACCUCCUUGCUCGCUGAAGGUGGGAUUGGCCAGGUGCUCCUUGCCUAGUGGCUGGUAGCCUUUGAGGGCUCGGCUGUGUGUUUCACCAAGAGGGAGUGAGAUCUCCCAGAUCCAGAGACGAGGAAGUCAUGCGGGAGGAUCAGGAUGAUAAGAGCUCUCAGGGGUAUACUUUCCCCCCCUCCCAAGCAGGUGAUGGCCAGUUCAAUGAGAAAUCUAGAGAGCCUUUUGUGAUGUCAUCAGAAACAACUGAGGAUGAUGUGGGAAAAGAGACAACUCGAAAUCAAAGGAGACCAAAAAGGCAUGCAAGAAACCAAUUGAAGAACGGGAUGAAGAAACCCUCUGUUUCUAAGUGCACUGACAUCCAUGAAGUCCUGAACCCAGAGCACAAAGGAAAGAGAUGGGAAAAGUAUCCUGUGUGUGCAAAAAUAUUCAAAGGCAAAUCGGUAUUAAACAGAAGCUGCAGAACUGACACAGGAGAGAACCAGUGCAACUGCGUGGAGUGUGGGAAAAACUUCAGACUGAUCAGAAACCUUACCUCACAAGAAAGAAUUCACACGGGGGAGAAACCAUAUGAAUGCCUGGUGUGCGGACAGAGCUUCAGUAGGAGGGGUAACCUUAAUUCCCAUCAAAGAACUCACACAGGGGAGAAGCCAUAUGAAUGUAUGGAAUGUGGACGGAGCUUCAGUGAUAGAGGAAGUCGAAAUAAACAUCAGAAAAUCCACACAGGAGAGAAAGGAUAUAAAUGUAUGGAAUGCGGAAAGAGCUUCAGUCGUUCUGAUCAUCUUAAUUCACACGUAAAAAUCCACACAGGGGACCAACCAUAUAAAUGCGCUGAAUGUGGAAAGAGCUUCAGUCAGAGUGGAACCCUUGCUUUACAUCAAAGAAGCCACACAGGGGAGAAGCCUUAUGAAUGUAUGGAAUGUGGAAAGAGCUUUAGUCGGUCUCAUCAUCUUACUUCACACUUAAGAACCCACACGGGGGAGAAACCAUAUAAAUGCGUAGUGUGUGGGAAAAGCUUCAGUCACAGUGGAAACUUUAGUACACAUCUAAGAACCCACACGGAUGAGAAACCAUAUAAAUGCAUGGUGUGUGGAAAGAGCUUCAGUCAGUCUGGAUAUCUUAAUGUGCAUCUAAGAAGCCAUCUGGGUGAGAAGCUUUAUCAAUGUAUGGAAUGUGGAAUGAGCUUCAGUGACAGCGGACAACUAACUAGACAUCAAAGAACCCACACAGGUGAGAAACCAUAUAAAUGCAUAGAGUGUGGAAAGAGCUUCACCUGGACUGCAGCCCUUAAUAAACAUCAAACAACCCACACAGGAGAAACCAUUUAAAUGCAUACAGAGCUUCAGAGAGAGUGGAGCCUCUGCUUUACAUCAAAGAAUCCACACAAGAUAAAUCAUAUGAAUGCUUAGUGUCUACUAAGAGUUUUACUCAGUGUUCAAGCCGUAAUUCACAUGAAACAACUCACAUGGACAAAAUCAUAAAUGUAUGAGGAACUGAUACAGCUUCUUAAUAUUUUGGUGGAACUAUAUCAAUAUAUGGAGUAUAUAUAUCAAUAUAGGAGUAAUGUUCUUUGUUGUUGUUGUUAUGUGCCUUCAUGUCGAUUACAACUUAUGGCGACCCUAUGAAUCAGUGACCUCCAAGAGCAUCUGUCGUGAACUACCCUGUUCAGAUCUUGUAAGUUCAGGUCUGUGGCUUCCUUUAUGGAAUCAAUCCAUCUCUUGUUUGGCCUUCCUCUUUUUCUACUCCCUUCUGUUUUUUCCAGCAUUAUUGUCUUUUCUAGUGAAUCAGGUCUUCUCAUGAUGUGUCCAAAGUAUGUUCUUACUCCUAUAAACUAUAUAAACUACAUCUGGGAUCAGAGGCACCAUUCCUGAGAAUAUCAGUCCCUGGGGAGUAACAUCAUGAGGGAGCUAUUGCCCUCAUGUCGUGCUUGUGGGCUCCCACUAGGCAAGGGCUAGGAAGCCUUCAGACUUGCAAGAUCUUGUUAACCAGAGGACAAGCGUUAUUAUCUGGGAGUACACUCCCUCUGAAUCAACAGGGCUUCCAUGCAGUGCAUUCAAGACUGGGAUGCUCCUCUCCUUCUUGAUAAUACUUCAUAUUUAUACCGUGUUUUUAAGGUUUUCAAACUUCACAUGCAUUAUCUAGCCCUGAUCCUUACAACAGCCCUGUAAAACAAUAUAUGGAGUGUAGAAAAAGCUUCAGUCAACUUCCAGACCUGAUUUGUUGUUAACAGACCACACACAGAAGAGAAACCGUUUCAGUACUUGGAGAUCUUACUAGCAUCAGUGAACCAUACAGAUGUUUACUCAGUGUCUAAAGCUGCUUUGAGAAACCAGGUUUAAGACUCUGAUCUUCUGAUUUUUCACAAAGCCAGAUAUUCUACACUAAUCCACCUGGGGAAUAUUCUUUCCAGUGGAGACAGUCAGCAGGCACUAGAUUUGCUUUUCGGAGCAUAGCUGUGAUUAUUUUGAUAGGGAAGUCUAGGCUCCUAAGAUGCACAGUCUAUGGUACCUUUCUUCGAAAGACCACUCAUUCUUCCAAGGGCCUUUUCAGCAGUGCAGGGGGACUGCCCAUUCACUGGGCAAUGAUUAUUGGGGAGGAUUAGGAGGAGAGGAUAAGAAUAAUGGAAAGGAAGGAGUCAGGUUUUUAUCCUGCCAAUGUGACAGCAACUUUAAUGGUUCACAGGUGGAGGCCAGUGGUAUUGUGUCCUCAGUAGGGCAAUUUCUUCCAUCUGUGUAAACUGGGAGCUUCCACAGCACGGGUUGAAUACUUAUGCAAGCAACAUGUUUCAGCUUUUUAUGUUUCUUACAAACCUUUCCCAACAUAAAAUCAAUGUCACCUUACAGUAAUUGAUUUUGAGCUUCAGUGUUUCAAAAUAAAA